UAGAGAGGGUAUUCAUUAUUUCCAUGCCAAUUUUCAUAAAAGCAGGUUCUAUUGAAUUUUCAAUUAUGACCUGGUGAUCUGUGCUGCAAAUGAAAUUUUGGAUUGUUGGGAGUCUAUACCUGUUAGAAAUCAAUUGUGUCAGUUAGUAUGCUUCAAGUUUAGCUUUUCCCAGAAAUAUUGAUGAGUCAGUCCUAACUUGCAAAGAGAUCUUUGAGCUUUAGUGAAUGCUCUAAAAGUCAUGUAUUUGCAUAAAGCAACAUAAAGAACUUAGUGACUAUGCUUGUUUCCCUAUUUCUCUAACUUUCAUGAUUCUUUCUAUUUGGUUGCAGUACUGGGAACUUGCUCUGUGCUUACCUAGGUGUCCUGCAGAAGUGAAGAUAUUAGUACUUGUUCAUACUAGUCAUCUUUUAUAUUCUAUGAGUGGAGAAGUGAUGGAGAGAGGUAACAUUUCAGUAACCCCUGAGGUGAUUAAGCCUAGGAGUGGAGUAAGGAGAAAUUCAACAAGAAAAGCAAGCACUGCUGCUUCACCAUCUCUUUCAAACAGUGUUGAAAAACCUGUUCCUAAUUACCUCAGAGCUUCGACCAGCUCCUGUCAUGAUUUCUGUAAAUAUGGAAUUAAGCAUGGUUUUGAAGCAAAGAAAGGGCUUCCAAUACGUACCAAACUUCUUGGCAAUAACAGGAAACCAGAUGAUGAACAAAAUCAAGCAAAGGUUUUGACACCACAAGAGAGAAGGAAGAGACUGGAGCUCAAAGCCAAGCAAGGUCAAACAAUAUAUGGAAGUACAGACAAAAUUGUCAUGCAGAAGGAUCUGCCACCUGAGAAGGUAAUUCAAAUUUCAGAUACAUCCACGAAUCAAGCAGAAGUAUCCGGUGAAGAAUCCUUAGGCAUAAAGAUGAAGUGCUCAUCGCCCAACCUGACAACAGUUGCAUCUCUUGGGCAUAAACCCACAAAUCUAGCUGAAGAAUCAUCCGAGGAUGGAUCUAUAACCAUCAAACUGGUGACACUAUCAGACAUCCAGAAAAGCAACACAGCUGAUGAACAUGAUUUUCCAGUCGAAGGAUUAUGUGAAGAAUCUGCAAGGUUUAUGCCCAAUGCAUCAGACAACCAGAAAGAUAUUGUGUCUGUUAAGAAUAUACCCGUCGCUUGGGUAGAAGAACCGUAUGUGGAGGAUGUUAGCACGAAGCGUGUGGUUUCAUCACCAACUAAGACAGACAUUGCAUUCACUGAGCAUGUGGCUAGCACUUUAGUAGAAGAAUCAUCAGAAGAGCCUGAAAGCAUACAAUCACCAGUCCAGGAAAACAUUGUGUGUGCAGAUCAUGCACUAACCAAUCAAGCAGAAGGAUUAUCCAUCUGGAAAAGCAUUUCAUCUGCUCAGAAUACAUCAGCUGAUCAAGCCGCAAGAUUAUCUGAAGAACAAAGCCAGCUGAAGAUUUUGAAUGUGGAUCAUAAUAAAAAGAGAGAGAUGAACAAGCUGAAGACUGCCCAAAAGAAGGCUGAGGUCUCUGUUAAAGCUAAGGUCAUAAAGCAGAAACAAACUGAUGCAUCUGUCAAGCAGACUGCAUCACCUGUCAUGGAAAAUGUUAAGGUAACAAGUACUGUGCAGAAGAGGCCAUCGUUUGUUAAGAAAACCAUUUCACCUUUGGCACACAGAAUUAUCAAGAAAAGUGCUCCAUCAACUCCGCAGAGAGGUUCUGUAUCUGCUGAAUCUGCAACGUCGUCUUUGAAGCAAAAGGAAACUACUUCUCCAUCAAUUUCUCCAAGAGGCCUAAUUGGCCGAAGGAACCUGGAGAAGAAGGGUAUUAAGAGUCCAGGCCCGUCAAAAAUUGGAGAGGAGAAAGUUCUAAAACCACUGAAAACUUCUGCCUUGACCACGUCUCCUGUUAAUCGGGUUUCAAUCAUGAAGCUGAGGAAAUACGGGAACAUGAAGCCUUCUUCCCUGGUGAAGACUGAAGCAAAAGCUGGUGAGGUAGACAACAGUGCUGAGAAAAUCAAGGAGAAAACUGUGUGCACUGUUGAGCUGAAGUCAGGGAAGUUGGAUCAGAAGACCAUAAACCGAAAACCCAGCAAACUUGGAUCAUAUCCAUCAUUGCGGUCCUCAUUAUCAGCCUCAUCAUUAAGGUCUUCACCAUCCGCAUCUUCACAUGACUCUGAGUCUACAGUAAGUGAAGUGAGUGUAUCUACUUCGGUCAAAGAGGAAACUGAGAGGAGGAAAGCUGAUGUUUCAAAGAGUAAAAAUAAGAGGACGCCAAGUACAACUGGAAGUGUUCGCUCUGAAGUUAAAUCUACUAGACCAUACAAGUUAAAAUUUCAGAGCGGCAAGAUAGUUAAUCUCCAGUCUGAGGAUAAUGCUCCUAGAAAACUCAGAUUCAGACCAGCAAAAGUGGUGAGUGAGAAUCCAAAUGGUAAAGAAUUAGAGAGGAGAAACUAUAGGAAGCAGAAAGCAACUUGUGCAGCAACCUCAAAAAGUCCCACUUCAGAUGCUCGGACUGUUGUAUUGAGACAUCAAGAUGUGCAGGGCAAGAAAGAUACACAAGGUUUGCUCAAUCAUGUGAUUGAAGAAACUGCAAGUAAGCUUGUGGAGACUAGGAAGAGCAAGGUGAAGGCCUUGGUGGGUGCUUUUGAAACCGUGAUCUCUCUCCAAGAAAACAAACUAGCUCCUGCUGUUGCAGUUCCAUGAUUAUUUUGUGAUGGUGGUUUUAUGUGAUACUUGUAGAUUAGUGAGCUUGGAUUUUACUGGUACGUGUGAAUUUGGACGUGGACAGGCUUGUUUAUGAUUAUAAAUGGGUAAACCGGAGAAAGGUAGCUUUGGGUUGAAAAAGGUUCACAGGGUUUUGCAUGUGUUGUUUGAUGUUGCUCUUCUUGUCUGAGAUUAUCAUUCUUUUUCUUCCCCCCAUAAAUAUUAAAUUGAUUUUCUCAUGUACACUGCAAACAAGUUAAGAAGCUUGCAGAUAUGAGGUUGAGAUUAUCUGAAUAAAAUGCUUUCCCCCAUUUUGCU